CAUAUCAUAGCCGUUACAAAUAUUCCCACAAUUAUCCCAAGGGCAUUCUCGUAAUUCCACACCACCAAUCUUCUUCCCCUCCCCCUCUGGUCUCACUACUACAAAAUCACUUCUCACUUCAUCUCACUCUACCUACUCACUCCACCUAUACAUACAAAAGCACACCUAUACAUACACACACAGUCAUGACUGAACCAGCACCACCGCCGGCGAAAGCCGAAGCUCUAGUCGUCGCCGGCUCCGGCGAGACGUCGGAGUCCGCCGGAGGAGGCGCCGGAGGAGCGAUGAGUAAUGACAGGGUGAUGGCGAUGAUGAUGUACAACAGAGGAGUGAAGAAAGCGAAGAAGGAGAGGAGUGGAUGUACUGCGAAAGAGCGGAUUAGUAAGAUGCCUCCGUGUGCUGCUGGCAAACGUAGCUCCAUCUAUCGCGGCGUCACGAGGCAUAGAUGGACUGGUCGUUAUGAAGCUCACCUUUGGGAUAAAAGUACUUGGAACCAGAACCAGAAUAAGAAGGGAAAGCAAGUUUACCUGGGUGCAUAUGAUGAUGAAGAAGCUGCAGCGAGAGCAUAUGAUCUUGCAGCCUUGAAAUAUUGGGGACCAGGGACGCUCAUAAAUUUUCCGGUUACAGAUUACACAAGAGAUCUUGAUGAGAUGCAAAACCUCUCAAGGGAGGAUUACCUUGCAUCACUUAGAAGAAAGAGUAGUGGCUUCUCAAGAGGUACCUCUAAAUACCGUGGGCUUUCGAGAUGGGAAUCAUCAGUCAGUCGAAUGGAUGGAGCUGAUUACUUCAACAGCAUAAAUUAUGGUGAUGAUGCUACUCCAGAUGGUGAAUCUCUGGGCGGUUAUUGUAUAGAUAGAAAGAUCGAUUUAACAAGCUACAUUAAGUGGUGGGCGGCGCCUAACAAAUCUCGUCAAACAGAUCUGCACACAAAAUCAUCAGAUGAAACUAAAUACAGUGGCUCUGAAGACAUUAGUAGUGAGCUUAAAGCAUUCGACUGGGCUAUGCCACCCACUGAGCCAUACCAGAUGCCCCAUUUAGGUAUUUCUCGUGAGGGAAAGAGGCUUAAAGCUUCCACGAGUUCAGCACUGAGCAUUUUAUCUCGAUCUGCAGCCUACAAGAGCCUGCAAGUAAAAGCACUAAAAAAGAAAGAAGCCGUCAUUGAGAAUGAUGAGAAUGAAAACAAAAAUAGUGUCAACAAAAUAGAAUACGGCAAAGCAGUCGAGAAAUCAAGUAAUGAAGGCGGAAGUGAAAGAUUGGCAGUUACGUUAGGAAUGUCAGGAGGAUUGUCUCUUCAGAGGAAUUUGUAUCCAUUGGCGCCAUUUUUGACUGCUCCGCUUAUGACCAGUUAUAACACAGUUGAUCCCUUGACGGAUCCUAUUCUUUGGGCAUCUCUUCUUCCUAAUCUUCCUAGCGGAUCUUCUCGUAUUCCAGAGGUAACAAAGACAGAGACUUCGGACUAUACUUUCUACAGUUCAGAAAAUCAAAAUUAAUUCCUCCAAAUCCUAAUUAAGUUUGUUAUCUGAGUUCCAUCGAGGUAUAUGUGAUGCAGAGCAAAUUCAGUAUCUUGUUGGAGUGUUAAGAUUUUUAAAGUUCAUAGUUUUAUACUUACUGCACAUGCUUGUAUAAUAGGGAUUUUGAAGAGUCGGUUGAAGAAGCUAUUAUGUUUGAAUCUUGUAUAUCUAUAUGUAGGAGAUAUGUGCUAUAUAGCUAGUAGUUUUCUUUUAGCUUUUGCAACAUGUAUACUGCUGGGAGAUGUCCGCAGAGUUUUGUUUUUUAGAAAUAAAAGUUGACAUAGUUAUGCUAUUA